UCUUCCAGUUCUCCCUUCCAAGAGCCAUUUUGAGGGAGGGCACUCGGCAUCUCUCAUCUUACCUCACCAACCCUUUAUUCAUACAAAAUUGCAACCCGCGAUAAAGUGUACUGCAAUGAAUUAGUGUUCGCCAGAAGCUCUUAAACUGCUAGUCCUAUUGAACCGGGCCCGGUUGGCCCCAGAAGACCAUUAUGGCUAUCACUUCAAUCUCAACCGUCCUUCCCACUCGAUUCUCGGUCAAUUCCUCCGAAAAGACGGCUGCAAAACCGCCACCUCCCACGGCGUACAAUGUCCAAGAUCACCCGUUCAAAGGGUACCAUGCACCCCAGCCUGAAGGCUAUGCGAAGAGCACCGGGACCAGCGCCAUCGUUAUCGACAAUGGCUCCAACCUGGUCAAAGCGGGCUGGUCCUUCGACAAAAAGCCCCGCUUCAUCAUUCCCCCCGUAAUGAGUCGGUAUCGCGACCGGAAACUGAACAAAGCCUGCCAAUUCAUCGGAAACGACGCCUACGUCGACGCCACGACGCGCGGACAGCUGCGGUAUGCGUUCGAUCCCGGCUCGAGCGUGGUGGGCAAUUGGGACGUGAUGGAGGGAGUGCUGGACUACUUGUUUAUCAAGCUGGGGGUGGACGGGGGCGCCGACGGAGGCGUCGAUCGACCCAUCGUUAUGUCUGAGCCGAUCGCGAACCUGAAUUAUCCGCGACGCAUGAUGAACGAAAUCCUUUUUGAAUGCUAUUCGGCGCCGUCAGUAGCCUAUGGCAUUGACUCCCUGUUCUCCUACCGGUAUAAUCGUGGCACGGACGGCCUCAUCGUCUCCUCAUCGCAUACAUCCACGCAUGUCAUUCCCGUGCUGAACAACAAGGCCCUGCUGUCGAACUGCUCGCGCUUGAACUGGGGCGGUCUGCACGCGUCGGAAUACCUCUUAAAGCUGAUGCGGCUGAAAUACCCGACUUUUCCGGCCCGCAUGACCGACAACCAGAUGCAAGAUCUGGUGCACAAGCACUGCUAUGUCUCGAAGGACUACGAUCAAGAACUAAGCCGGUACCUGGACUGGACGGGGCUGGAGGAUCGGGACCACAUCAUCCAAUAUCCGUACACGGAGCAUGUUGUUCCGGAAAAGACGGAAGAGGAGCUGGCGCGCAUUGCGGAGCGGAAGAAGGAGAGCGGGCGGAGGUUGCAGGAGCAGGCUGCGAAGAUGCGCCUGGAAAAGUUGAUGAAGAAGGAACAAGAACUGGAAUAUUACAAGGAUCUACAGCGGGGGCUUGCGUCCGAGUCGAAGAAGGAGGCCCGACGCAUCUUAGAAGCUGAGGAUCUGAAAGACGAUGCACACCUCGACCGCUUGAUCCGCGAUCUCGAGCGGUCGAUCAAGCGCUCGCGGAAUCGUGACCUGGGCAUCGAGGAGACGGAGGAACCUCAGGAGGAAAUGUCAUUCCCGCUGCUGGAUGUUCCUGACGAGGAGCUCGAUGAGGCCGGGCUCAAGGAGAAGCGCCACCAGCGACUGAUGAAGUCUAACGUAGAGGCUCGCCAACGCGCCAAGGCCGAGAAGGAACAAGAGAAGGCUCGUCAGGAGGAGGAAGAAAGGCUUGACCGCGAAAAGCGAGAGAAUGACUUCGAUAGUUGGUUGGCUGAGCGAAGGGCUAACCGUCAGAGCCUCCUGCAGCGAAUCAAAGAACGCGACAGGAUGAAGGCUGACCUGGGCAAUCGCAAGUCGCUCGCCAGCCAAAUGCGCAUGAAGACCCUAGCCAACCUCGCCGCGGACGGCCCCAAGAAGAGACGGAGAGGCGGCGAUGACGACACCUUCGGCGCCAACGACGAAGACUGGGGUGUCUACCGUACCGUGGCCACCGGCGACCAAAGUGACGAGGAAGAGGAAGAGGAUCUCGGCGGCUUGUUGGACGCAGCUGAGAAGGAGCUUCUGGAGUACGAUCCGGAAUUCACGGAGAACCACACGCUGGCGGCGCAAUCCGACUGGACCAAGAGCCUGGUGCACGUGUUCCUGCGGGGUCCCUGGCCGUUCGAUCCAGAGAGUCAGCGCGAGGCCCAUCAGAUCCAUCUGAACGUGGAACGGAUCCGGGUCCCCGAGGUCGUCUUCAAGCCAUCCAUCGCCGGCAUCGACCAGGCGGGACUGGUCGAGAUCGCCGCCGAUAUUGUCAACCAGCGCUUCUCGAACCCCGAGGAACAGGCCCGGCUGCUGCGUGAUGUUUUCUUCACCGGUGGCAAUACGCUCUUCCAGAACUUCGACGAGCGGUUCCGUCACGAUUUCCAGGCGCGUCUACCGGCUGGUAGCGUGUUGAAUGUCCGCCGCGCGGCAGAUCCCAUCCUAGAUGCCUGGAAGGGUGCCGCUCAGUGGGCGUCGGGCUCGGAACUCCGCAAGUCGUCCAUUACACGGCAGGAGUACCUCGAGAAGGGCAGCGAAUACCUCAAGGUAAGUUUGUGGAGCUUCCCAACGGGAGUGAUACAACGGAUGAUGUGAUGUGCAUGUAUCGGGGCUGACCACGGUCUACAACAGGAACAUGAUCUGGGUAAUGUCACCACGUGGUAGGAUAUCCAAACACUUGGUGGGUGGGUGCGUGUGUGUGCUUUUUUACCUUAACGAGCCCAUCG